AUGGCCGGAGAACUGACGGACAAGAAGGACCGGGACGCAUCCCCCAUCAAGGAGGAGAGGAAGCGCUCCCGCUCCCCGGAUAGGGACCGGGAGCGCGACCGGGAGCGCGACCGGGACCGCAAGGGUUCCCCCUCCAAGGACAGGAAGCGGCACCGCUCCCGGGACAGGAGACGGGGCAGCCGGGCCCGGUCGCGGUCCCGCUCCCGGUCCAAGUCGCCUGAGAGGGAUCGCCGGCACAAAGAGCGCGACCGAGACCGGAGCAAGAAGGACCGGGACCGGGAGAAGGAUGGGCACCGGCGGGAUAAGGACAGGAAGCGGUCGAGCUUGUCCCCGAGCAGGGGCAAGGACUCAAAGUCCCGGAAGGAGCGGGACUCGCGGAAAGCGGAGGAGGAGGAGGAGAACGCUCUGAAGAAGGAGAAGGCCCAGCCCCUGUCCCUGGAGGAGCUGCUGGCCAAGAAGAAGGCUGAAGAGGAGGCGGAAGCCAAGCCCAAGUUCCUGUCCAAGGCGGAGCGGGAGGCCGAGGCCUUGCGGCGGCGGCAGCAGGAGGUGGAGGAGCGGCAGCGGCUGCUGGAGGAGGAGAGGAAGAAGAGGAAGCAGUUCCAGGAGAUGGGGAGGAAGAUGCUGGAAGACCCCCAGGAGCGUGAGCGCAGGGAGCGCCGCGAGCGCAUGGAGCGGGAGACCAACGGCACGGAGGACGAGGAGGGCAGGCAGAAGAUCCGGGAGGAGAAAGACAAGAGCAAAGAGCUCCACGCCAUCAAGGAGCGUUACUUGGGGGGAGUGAAGAAGCGGAGACGCACGCGGCACCUGAACGACCGCAAGUUUGUCUUCGAGUGGGAUGCAUCGGAAGACACGUCCAUUGAUUACAACCCCCUGUACAAGGAGCGGCACCAAGUGCAGCUGCUGGGCCGGGGCUUUAUCGCGGGAAUCGACCUGAAGCAGCAGAAACGGGAACAGUCGCGCUUCUACGGAGACCUGAUGGAGAAGAGGCGGACGCUGGAGGAGAAGGAGCAGGAAGAGGCCCGGCUGCGGAAGCUGCGGAAGAAGGAGGCCAAGCAGCGCUGGGACGACCGGCACUGGUCCCAGAAGAAGCUGGAUGAGAUGACAGACAGGGACUGGCGUAUUUUCCGCGAGGACUACAGCAUCACCACCAAGGGGGGCAAGAUCCCCAACCCCAUCCGCUCCUGGAAGGACUCCUCCCUGCCCCCCCACAUCCUGCGGGGGAGCUGGGAGCCCACCCCCAUCCAGCGCCAGGCGAUCCCCAUUGGCCUGCAGAACCGCGACAUCAUCGGCGUGGCCGAAACCGGCAGCGGCAAAACCGCGGCUUUCCUCAUCCCGCUGCUGGUGUGGAUCACCACCCUGCCCAAGAUCGAUCGGAUUGAAGAGUCGGACCAGGGUCCCUAUGCCAUCAUCCUGGCCCCCACCCGAGAGCUGGCCCAGCAGAUCGAGGAGGAAACCAUCAAGUUUGGGAAGCCGCUGGGCAUCCGCACGGUGGCCGUGAUCGGAGGCAUCUCCCGCGAGGACCAAGGCUUCCGCCUCCGCAUGGGCUGCGAGAUCGUCAUCGCCACGCCGGGACGUCUCAUCGACGUGCUGGAGAACCGGUACCUGGUGCUGAGCCGCUGCACCUACGUGGUGCUGGACGAGGCGGAUCGGAUGAUCGACAUGGGCUUCGAGCCCGACGUACAGAAGAUCCUGGAGCACAUGCCCGUCACCAACCAAAAACCCGACACCGACGAGGCCGAGGACCCCGAGAAGAUGUUGGCCAACUUCGAGUCGGGGAAACACAAGUACAGACAGACCGUCAUGUUCACGGCCACCAUGCCGCCAGCGGUGGAGCGCCUGGCCCGCAGCUACCUCCGUCGUCCGGCCGUGGUCUACAUCGGCUCCGCCGGCAAACCCCACGAGCGGGUGGAGCAGAAGGUCUUCCUCAUGUCGGAGUCGGAGAAGAGGAAGAAGCUGUUAGCCAUCCUGGAGCAGGGCUUCGACCCGCCCAUCAUCAUCUUCGUCAACCAGAAGAAGGGCUGCGACGUGCUGGCCAAGUCCCUGGAGAAGAUGGGGGUGAGUCCGGGCUGA